AUGGCUGCUGAUAUUAGUAAAAUCCAAACAGACAAGAUGAACGGCACAAUGAUGCGACAUGCUUGCCAGUUGCAACGAUUGACGGAGAAACCGGAAUACGGAGCGAUGAUGGAAGAAAACAAACCAACCUCCGAAAGAAGAUCAGAUAAAAAAAUCAGUUUGACUGACCAAAUGUACGAAGAGAUCUUCAAGUACCUGGCUCGAGAGGAUCCGGGAGUCAUAUGUAGAAGAGACACUUGCCCCAUCCCCAACAACCGGAAAGUUCUGCAUGGAUAUGCUAAACCACUUCGGUCGAUUGAAUGCAACGGGUUCAAAGUCGGAACAAUGCAGCCGCAGAACUGUGUGGUGGCUACAAUCGACGGCGAGAAACGAUAUGGAAUAGUUAAGCAAAUCUACACCUUAGAAGACCACAGACAACAGCAACGAGAAUUCAUUGUGCUAUCACCAAUCACAAAUCUGUUCCCAAAAAAACUCAAGGUCCCAACUUCCCGAUUCCGAUACUAUCUCUACCUUUAUAAAGUGAUUGUUGGGCAAGUGGAUCACAGCAAGGCCCUCGUUGUGACUCGUGCACAUGUCAACUCAUUGGCGGCCUAUCGUUACUUGCCGCCUUCAGUCUUUGGAAUCAAGAACAAUGGGAUCACCCUUAUCCCGGAUGACCAUGCACCGUUGCUUGACAUUGCUUAA